AAAAAUCGUGAAAUCGUGGAAUGAUAAAUGUCAAAGCAAAUGACAUAAAUAAUCGAAUCGAGCGCAAACUCAGUCAGCCAUGAAAGCGAUGCGUUCCAAGGAGUUUGGACCCCGGAGCUGCAGGAGUUGUGGCAGGAAAUCGGGUGACCAGGGGGUGCUCCUGCCUAGAGCCUAUCAUCAACGACAUUGGCUCCAUAAAGAGAAUAAUCGGAGGAGGGAAUCGGAUUCGGAAUCCUUUAACGUCGCCAAGUGUGGUCCGAGUGUUCCAUUUGCAGAUCCGAUAGCACGAGCCGCUCCUCUUUGGACCGGCGGUGAUGCCAAUGCCAAUGCCAGGCAAAAAGCCGGCGAGUCGGGCAGUCAGUGCGUCAAUCCGUCAGUCAGGCAAUGACAUUGCCAAUGGCCAUUGUGCCUCGAUUCCGGGAAGAAGAAAAGCUCCGUCACAGUGCCAUCGUCAUCAUCUCCCGACUCCGAUUCUUGUACGCGACUUACAUUAAUCAUCAUGCGAAGCACUACUGUCCCCCCUCCGGACUUUCUGCCCUUGUGGAGCAGCUGUCUGUGCGUGCAAUUUGUAGUUCUCUAUAAAGCAUCGCGCUGCGACUCCAUAUAUCA